AUGCUUAGAAGAACCCCUACUUGCAUUAGAGGAUUGGUCCUCGUCAAGGCGGAUGGCGACCUUUCGGUUUCUCGAUUGAAGGGUUCCAUCGCUCCUCAAGAGUUUCUUGACACACAAGCAACACCUGGACUCAUAGACAUCGAUCCAAAAGACGGAUUUUGCGUUCGGAACUUUCAAAUACAGGCUGCCAAGAUAGCCGGCGUUUCCGAUGUGGUUGUCUAUGGCGAAGAUGCCGUAAUCGUACGGAAAGUGGCGUGGGAUGUCGUUACGGCCCAGCGCCGCUGGCGUGACAAGCACGAGGCCCAAGGCCAACUUUUGCCUGUGUAUAACACAUUCAUUUGUGUAGGCCCUUUUGGAACCUUUGAGGCAAACCAUUCCGAGGUUGUUGCCAUCGACUCCACCGGGCAACUGACCGGUAACGUUCUCGACUUCUUUCACCAGGAGAGGAAGGAAAUGUACGCUAUGACUCUGGCUUCCGAAAUUUCCCAUAAUGUUUGGGUAGGCUCUACACCCGAUCCCCCCACCGAGGAUGAAGCCGAGUACGACGUCCUCAUAGAAUGUAGCGACGUGGGACGGAUUAACCCGGCGGCCCUCAAGAGCAUUGCUCGAGGGCAAGAAAAGGACAACCAGCAGUUAUAUAUCGACUUCCCCUCAUCCGGCAGUAUUCUUCCGCCGACCUGGUCCCAAGUCGAGGCCGACGGCAUCCUGGAAACAUGCAAGUGGAUUUACCAUUUGGCCCAUGGCACGUUCCCGGCCGACGAGCCGUCCCCCACAAAUGAGAAUGUUGCUAUCCAGGCGAGGCCGAGAAAGAUACUUAUCCACUGCGCGGACGGUUAUACCGAGUCCACCAUGUUAAGCAUUGCGUAUCUGAGCUACAGCACGGGACGCGGGGUUGCGGAUUCCUGGCUGCAUCUACACACGGAAAAGAAGCGCAAUUUCUUUGCUUACCCUACUGAUGUAGCUCUGCUGACGUGCAUUGAGCCACGACUACUACAUGAAUCACCCGCCCAUGCAGAUAAGGGACUCUCUAGCAUCACGGAUUUGAUCAAAGACCCUACUUGGAUGCACAGCAUGGACGGCUCGCUUCCCAGCCGCGUUCUGGAUUACAUGUACCUCGGCAACCUGGGACAUGCCAACAAUCCCGAGUUACUGAGGUCCCUAGGGAUCGGCCAAAUCCUCAGUGUCGGAGAGAUGUCCAUGUGGAGGGAUGGAGAACUUGAGCAGUGGGGGUCUGAUAAUGUGUGCCUCGUCCAGGGUGUCCAGGACAACGGCAUUGAUCCCUUGAUGGAUCAGUUUGAAAGGUGCUUGGAAUUUAUUGAACGUGGUCGAUGCAAUGGCACGGCGACACUUGUUCAUUGCCGCGUUGGCGUAUCGCGCAGUGCCACCAUUUGCAUUGCCGAGGUGAUGAAGUCACUCAACUACUCCUUCCCUCGAGCCUACUGCUACGUGCGAGCUCGUAGACUGAACGUCAUUAUCCAACCUCACCUUCGAUUUGCAUACGAGCUUCUGAAAUGGGAAGAGAUCUUACAAGUCAGAAGGGGAGGCCCUGGGGCGUUGAAGAGGGAGCUUGAGUGGGCCGAUAUAUCUCGAGAAAUCGCCUCGAUGAACAGGCCGUAUGCGAGGUGA